GUGAGGCCACACGAGGAUCCCCAUCUCGAAAAAAAAUAUAUAUUUUUUAAAAUCAAUUUAUUCUUUAAACUCAAACCCAAACCCAAACCCAAAUCCAAUUACAAUUAAACUUAACCCAAUACUAUCCAACCCAACCCAACCCAACCCAACUCCCAACCUAACCCAUUCCCCUACAUUUAACCAUAACCCUAAUUUAUUUUAAUUCUCAUCACUCAUGGUCUCACUCUCAAUCUCUUUAUCUGUGGCUCACCCAUCUCUCACCUCCAUCUCACCUUCUCAGUUUCCUCUACUGUUGCUGUUGCCAAAGCUUGUUGUCGAAUCCAUCUCCUUUGCUGCUGUUGAAGCCAUUUACUCUACUGUUGCCGGAUCCAUCUACUCUGCUGCUGUUGAAGCCAUUUACUCUACUGUUGUCGGAUCCAUCUACUCUGCUGCUGCUGAAGCCAUCUACUCUGAUGUUACCGGAUCCAUCUGCUCUACUGUUGCUGCUGAAGACAUUUGGUCUACUAUUGUUGCUGCCGAAGCCUGCUGCCGAAGCCUGCUGCCGAAUCCAUCUCCUCUACUACUGUCGAAGCCAUCUUCUCUGCUGCUGCUGGAUGCAUCUACUCUACUGCUGCCGGAUCCAUCUGCUUUGCUACUGUUGCCGAGCCAUCUGCUGUUGCUGCCAGAGCCAUUUGCUGUUGUGGCAGGAGCCAUUUGAUAUUAAUUGGUGGGGAAUGGGGGCAAAAUUUGCUCCCC